CACGCAAUACCCAAUCUUAUCCAAAAAAGGAAAAACUAACGUUAAUGAGCCCAAAGGGUUAAGGAAAGAGCAUUAUGGCUGUCUCUCCUUCAUGUGCUUCUGCUACUCUGCCACACAACCUUCAACCCUGCAAAAACUUCCUUCCUUCUCACACUGCACCCAUUAUUUUUCAUGCAAAAUACCUUCUCUCCUCUCCAAAACCCAACACCACAACAACCAGCACCCACAUCAUAUUAAGCCCCAACAAGCUCUUUGACCUUGCUGAUUCUUGGAAAUGGAGGACCCAAGUUUCCUUCUUUACUGGUUUUUUGACAAAAGGUAAGAAUGCUGAAAGCCUCAAGGAGGAACUUUAUGCAGCAAUAGCCCCUCUUGAUAGAGGUGCUGAGGCUACUCCUGAGGACCAACAACUUGUAGAACAGAUUGCUCGUAAACUUGAGGCAGUGAAUGAAGUAAAGGAGCCUCUCAAGUCUAAUUUGCUCAAUGGAAAAUGGGAACUUCUAUAUACAACAUCCCAAUCUGUUUUGCAAACACAGAGACCAAAAUAUUUAAGGCCAAAUGGGAAAAUCUACCAGGCAAUCAAUGUGGAUACUCUAAGGGCUCAAAAUAUGGAAACUUGGCCAUUCUUUAAUCAGAUGGAAGUCCCUAAGCAUAUACUGCAUGACAAGCAAAGGUCCUUAUAUAAUCUGGUAGCUGAGUUCUGAUGCUCUGUAGUGUAUUCUGCCUAAUACUAUUCCAGGUUUGAUAAGAUUAAUAACUUGAUCCAUAGCACAACAACAUCUGAUAAGGCAUGGCUCUCUUGCUUGUAGCUUUGGUAGAUUGUGUGAACAGUAAACCUACUUUUCUAAUUCUGGAAGUGAUGAUUGAUACACAGGAAUUUAGGUGGAUCCAUUUUACAUUGAAACUUGCUUGGCAAUCCUGUUCUAUUUUGUCAAAGUCAUGUCAAGAUUGUGAGCUAACAGAUUAUUGAUACUUCUCUUGAAUUGGUCGAUCAGUCAUGAGGACUCUUUUCUUCAAAAAAUAAGAUUGUUAAGCAGGAGUACCGAGCCUGUUAACCAUCACUUUUGGUAUGAUUUUGCACACAAAAUUUCAUAGGCUGAUGAGCUGAAAUUGACUGAAUUCUGAAGGGAGUUGCACUUUGAAAUUCCUUUGCCUGUUCUCCCCCAUUUGGAAAACGUCUAGUGCAACACCAGUAAUGUCUUAUGAACUUGUAAAAGUGUGAUUGAACAUACACAAGCAGCCAUCUGGGUUAUGGUGCUUUUAUAGCUCCUAAUUAAAAGACUCAACUUUUGACUUCAUCCUGCAUAGGAUGACUCUUCAUGGGAUUUGUGAUAAAAUUGGGUUAGAAACUCUGGUUCCUUCUUUUCUUUACCAAGUUUGAAGAAUUAGGAGAGUCGCAAGCCAAGUCAAGAAAAGGACUUACUUUUCUUUCAUUGUAGUCUUAAUGACUAGUAGUUUGAAGCCUUAAGAAAAGAAACUGGUUUGUUUUGUUGGCAUUCGGUUCUUUUGUCUUAAGUCAAGUUCGUUUAAUCUUUCUAUAUGGUUAGGUUUAGUUUUUAGAAUGUUGGCUACCUAUGUAAAAAAAAAAAA